AGUUCCUUAUUUGGUAGCCUUUGACAGAACUAGUCUUUCUCACUGCUAAGCAUCUUGACAUACAUUAUUCAUUAAGCCCUGGAGCUCCGGAGAGAAAGAUGCAGACCCUUAGCUCUUUAGCUGCUCCUUCGUCACAUGGAUAUUUCUUAUUCAGAAUAGUUGCUGAAAUUUGUUCCAUUUUGGAGUUUUACAAAUGGCAUGCGUUUAAUGGAAAGACGGCUGGAUGGGAUCAUAAUACGAUGCUUUCUUACUUAUACUUAAUUACCAAAAAUCUUUAAAUUCCCACACCUGAAUGGCUUUGUGGAGAUUGGUAGAGGUCAAGGUUUGAAAAAAAAAAAAAAAAAAAACACCACAUUUUAGAACUUGCUGGCACAUAUACAUAUAGACACAUAAUCUAUCAAAAAUGCCUGAAGCAAACUAUUUAUUGUCAGUGUCAUGGGGCUACAUAAAGUUCAAAAGGAUGCUUAACCGGGAGCUCACUCACCUCUCUGAAAUGAGUCGGUCUGGCAACCAGGUGUCGGAGUACAUAUCAAACACAUUCUUAGAUAAGCAACAUGAAGUGGAAAUUCCCUCUCCAACUCAGAAGGAAAAGGAGAAGAAGAAAAGGCCUAUGUCUCAGAUCAGUGGGGUCAAGAAGUUGAUGCAUAGCUCCAGCCUGACUAAUUCAUGUAUCCCAAGGUUUGGGGUUAAAACAGAGCAGGAAGAUGUCCUGGCCAAGGAACUAGAAGAUGUGAACAAGUGGGGCCUCCACGUUUUCCGGAUAGCAGAGCUGUCUGGUAACCGGCCUCUGACUGUUAUCAUGCACACCAUUUUUCAGGAACGAGAUUUAUUAAAAACGUUUAAAAUCCCGGUAGACACUCUGAUUACGUAUCUUAUGACUCUGGAAGACCAUUACCAUGCUGACGUGGCCUAUCACAACAACAUCCAUGCUGCAGAUGUCGUCCAGUCCACUCAUGUGCUGCUCUCCACACCCGCUUUGGAGGCUGUGUUCACAGACUUGGAGAUCCUCGCGGCCAUUUUUGCCAGUGCAAUACAUGAUGUGGAUCAUCCUGGUGUGUCAAAUCAAUUUCUGAUCAAUACAAACUCGGAACUUGCCUUGAUGUACAACGACUCCUCCGUCUUAGAGAACCACCAUUUGGCUGUGGGAUUUAAGUUGCUCCAGGAAGAAAACUGUGACAUUUUCCAGAAUCUGACCAAAAAGCAAAGACAAUCUUUAAGGAAAAUGGUCAUUGACAUUGUACUUGCGACGGACAUGUCAAAGCACAUGAAUCUGCUGGCUGACCUGAAAACGAUGGUUGAAACUAAGAAGGUGACAAGCUCUGGCGUCCUCCUCCUUGAUAACUACUCCGACAGGAUCCAGGUCCUUCAGAAUAUGGUGCACUGUGCAGACCUGAGCAACCCCACAAAGCCACUCCAGCUGUACCGCCAGUGGACGGACCGGAUAAUGGAGGAGUUCUUCCGCCAGGGGGACCGGGAACGUGAACGUGGCAUGGAGAUAAGUCCCAUGUGUGACAAGCACAACGCCUCUGUGGAAAAAUCACAGGUGGGCUUCAUAGACUAUAUUGUUCAUCCACUCUGGGAGACAUGGGCAGACCUCGUACAUCCUGAUGCCCAGGACAUUUUGGACACUUUGGAGGACAAUCGUGAGUGGUACCAGAGCACAAUCCCCCAGAGCCCCUCCCCUGCACCUGAUGACCAAGAGGAGGGCCGGCCGGGACAGACUGAAAAAUUCCAGUUUGAACUAACCUUAGAGGAAGACGGCGAGUCAGACACUGAAAAGGACAGUGGAAGUCAAGUGGAGGAAGACACUAGCUGCAGUGACUCUAAGACUCUGUGCACCCAAGACUCGGAGUCCACUGAAAUCCCCCUUGACGAGCAGGUUGAAGAGGGAGCUGGAGCAGAAGAGGAAAGCCAGCCCGAAACUUGUGUCGCAGAUGAUUGUUGUCCUGACACGUAACAGUAUAAAGGCUGUCACACUUUUUCUUUCUUUCUUUUUUUUUUUUUAAGUAGAAAACAAUUGUUUCCAAAGUGCAUGUCACAUGCUACAGCCAUGGUCACACCUCACUGUCAUCUGCCAGGACGUUUGUUGAACAAAACUGACCUUGAACUACUCAGUCUGGCGCUCAGGAAUAUUGUAACCAGUUCUUUCACCCCCAUGUCAUCGGAGAAGGGAGAUGUCUUCACGAACACGAUGCUGGCAUGACGUCAGCCCGGUAGAGCUGACAAGGCAGAUAAAAAUCAACUCCAACUGUUUUCAAGGGAGCGUGGCUCAUCCAGCUGCCCAGACGUAGAUCGGAUUGCAGGAUUCCUUCCUGGUUUGUUUGCAGAAAUUUUAAGAAGAAAAGCGGCAUUUGAUGAUGCGUAUCGUGAACUCACAGAUGUAGCAAUGAAAGCAUCAGGAACAGGACACAGCUUGGAUCUGUCCCCAGGAGGAUGAGCCACAGAAAUUGCAUAAUUUUCUAAUUUCAAGUCUUCCUGAAACCUGACUGAACAGUGUGGUUCAGUGAGCCACACGCACCUCUACAUUUUGUAUGAUAUGUAAAACAGAUUUUUUGUAGAGCUUACUUUUAUUAUUAAAUGUAUUGAGGUAUUAUAUUUAAAAAAAACAAAACAAAACAAAAGUCUGUUCAGAACUUCAUCUGCCGCUGGUUUUUUUUUUUUUUUCUAAGAAGUAACUUGCAAGUUUUCAGUACGGAUCAGUACCACACUGGAGAAAUCUCAUUUAUGAAUUUUACUCGCACCUUAGAGUUCAUAGCAAUGAACUGAUUUGUAGUGAUUCAUUGUUUUAUAUACCGAUGACUUCCAUACUCUUAAAGAAGAGAAACAAAUUUGUGUUGCCAGAAA